AUGGCGUGGUCAGUACACUGGGGCCUCCUCCUGCUCUGCAUAGUGAUUCUCUACUGCCAACCAGUGUCCACCGGCAACCACAGCUCCAGGGGACAGUCAGGUUCGUCACAGGUAAAGACAGGUACCUGUGAAGUAGUGGCUGCCCAUCGCUGCUGCAAUAAGAACAAGAUUGAGGAGCGCUCUCAAACAGUCAAGUGUUCCUGCUUCCCUGGUCAGGUCGCCGGGACAACAAGGGCAAUGCCCUCUUGUGUUGAAGCAUCCAUCGUGCGUCAGAAGUGGUGGUGUCAGAUGCAGCCCUGUCUGGAGGGAGAGGAGUGUAAAGUACUGCCUGAUCUCACUGGCUGGUCCUGCAGCUCUGGAAACAAAGUCAAGACCACCAAGGUGGCGCGGUAGCAAAAAAAAACAUCUCAGCCAAUCGACUGAGACCCUGAACGUGCCACGGCCUGGCCAGUUGUCAAUCACACACAUUUUUUGCUUUGAAAAAAGUGAAGAUCUGCUUCAGUCCCCAGAAAAUAAUGAGGAAUACAAUAGCAAAUGAGCAGCCCUAUCAAAUGAGUAGAGUGACUGAUGUGAACUCAAGAGACACUCAAGGAGCCUUUGUCAUACAGUACUCAUCCUUACUUCCCUGACUGUGUCCUCUGAGAGACAGAGAUGGGUUUAGCCAUGGCAGCCAGCUCCUACCUGAGACUAACCGGCAGAUAAAAAAUAUAGUUU